GUGAUCGAUAUCAAUAAAAAAUGUGUUCGAUAAAACGUUCGAUAUUUUUUAUUCUUCGUCGGAAGAAAACAGAGGUUGCAUUAACAAAGGCACUGCUCUCUGGUAACCUAGCAACGUAGGGAGUGACACGCUAACAGCCAAUCAUGUAACAAUAUCAGUUUGGUUGCGCCAUAUCGUUGUCUCGUGCUGGUCUGCUGGAUUCCUUUUCAUAAGCAGAAAAUGAGUGCCGCAGCGAGCAAGGAAAUUGUAAAUAAAAGAGGAAAAGUCAGCUCGCCAGUAUGGCAGUUUUUUGGAUAUUAUAAGUCUGACCGUAGUCAGACCAAUGUCGUCUGCAAAUUAUGCAAGACCGUCGUCCCCGCCAAGACUGGUAAUACCACGAACUUGAUGUACCACCUUAGCCGCGCUCACCCUUUGGAGCACAGCCAUAUUCAACCAACAACAUCUGUAGCUGCAGCACCGCACAAGCAGCAGACCACCAUGGAGAGGUACUCUGCAUCAGUGCCUUAUGACAAAGAAUCUAAACGGUACAAAGAUAUAACGGAGGCAGUGGCAUAUCAUAUAGCCAAAGACAUGCUUCCGCUUAGGACUGUCGAGAAGCCAGGUUAUAAAAAUCUUAUACACGUGCUUGACCCACGCCUAUGUUCUUCCUGGCCGAAAGUACUUUUCUAAGACUGCCAUUCCUAAGCUGUAUGUAAUGUGCAAAGAAUCUGUGCAGCAAGAAAUAUUGUCAGCCAAGUACUUUGCAACAACCUCUGACCUGUGGUCAAGCCGUACUUCUGAGCCAUACAUUAGCUUGACCAUUCACUUCAUCGACAAUGAAUGGGGUUUGAAAACCAGAUGCCUUGAGACUGCAUACUUCCCCGAAGAUCACACAGGAGAAGUGAUAGCAGAAGGCUUGAAGGAGGCACUGUUGUCCUGGAGUCUGAUUGAAGACAAAAUGGUGUGCAUCACCACAGACAGCGGGGCAAAUGUAGUAAAGGCGACUUCACUGAACAACUGGACACGGCUGCAGUGUUUUGGCCAUCGUUUGCACUCUGCUAUUGGUGCUGCAGGAAAAGAUAAAAGAGUGGAGAGGGCUGUAGGUGUGUGCAAGAAAGUGGUAUCUACCUUUUCUUACUCGUGGAAGAAAAAGAGUGCGCUCUCUAAAGCACAGGAACGUCUCCAUCUUCCCACACACCAGCUGGUCACAGAGUCACCUACCAGGUGGGGCUCAAGACAAAAGAUGGUGGCAAGGGUCCUAGAGCAACAAAAGGCCAUCACUGAAGUUCUGUCUUCUGACAAAAACAACAGGCACCUGAUCCCAACGUGGCAGGAUAUUGACGUCCUUGAGUCAAUGCAUGCGGCCUUAACUCCUCUUCUGGAGUUCACAGACUCCCUUUCUGGGGAGUCAUAUGUGACGGUCUCGUACGUGAAGCCUGUGCUCCACCUUUUGAGGGGGACACUCAGCUCACAAAAGAGCUGA